UUUACUCGCCCUAGCAUUAGCGUUAUGUAGACCGUUGGUGACUGUAACUGUGCUGCUGGCAACAAUUUAAUUACGUUUUUUGUCGACGUUUACUGAAACCUGUCAUAUUCAACGGGUAUUGCGCGUUCGUAAAUUCAUUAAUUAUUCUGCGCUCUGGCACACUCUGACGAGAGCGCUCAGAAAUCGGAGUAUAUAGCCAGAGUUAAUUUACGAACGCACUGCUUUGUUGUAGCGCUAUCAAGCGCUAAGAGCGAGGCCGGAAGUAGUUCGAUGACGCGCCAUGUUGUUGUCAAGGAGGGCGUGACGUUAUUAUGGGAUGGUAGGGGUGAAAUGGCGCUAGGCGCGGUAUUUUGAACAAUCGUCUACGUUUCUGUGCGUUUUACCGAGAUGUUGCUCCGCCUGUACGGAACGGCGAAGGAGUGUGUGCGUUAACACGUUUUGAGUCAAGUAUUGCACGGAGGGGAAAAACAAGCCACUUAACUGAUGACGAGGUGAAAAUGGCGGAUCUUUCGAAAUCCAACCCCGGCCUGAAAAUAGAAACGUAGCUAGCUGUGACUGAGUUGAGCUGAGUGUAAACCUGCAGACAUGGACGUGGUGUCGCCAGAGCUGAACAUCCUCCUCCCUGACGAGAUAAUGGACACAGAGGCCAUCGUCAUGGACGACGACCCUCCCUCAGAGUCCCCUGCAGCCUCUGGCCAAUCACAGCCCAGCGACAAUGCACCAAUCCCCAUGGAAACAGAUGUGCCCGCCGUCCCAGAGAUCGUUAGCCUGUGUUCGAAUGCCCCUCCGACCCAGCGGACCCAGGCCCUGACCACCUCCAUCACCACAGACUCCACCCUCUGUAGCACCACCUCCGCCACCCAGCUCCUCCUCACCCCCUCCAUACCUUCAUCCUCCCCCCUCACCCUCCGACCCACCACAGCCUCCACCCUCACCUCCACCACCCCCAAAACCACCAGCAGCCCGGCCGGGGUCAGUCUCACCUCGGGGGGCUUACAGAAGCUCUCAGCUCCCUUCAUCCUCUCAGCCAACCACCAGAUCGUCCUCAAUAAGGUGGCCUCAUCCCCGGGAGCAGACACCACCAGGUACCCAGGCAUCACCACCACAACUACCACCACCACUCCAGGGGGCCAGAAGUUCAUGGUGACGGCCAUAGGCAAGUCAGGCCAGUCUAUUGUGCUGCAGCUGCCCCACACGGGCUCCAAGCCUGGCUCAGGGCAGGGGGAGGCCAAGGCCCACCCGCAGCAUUUCAAGGUGGUGACGAUAGCGGGGAGGACAGACCUGAAGCCGGUCAUGGUGGGGCAGGCGGUCAGCUCGGCCAGUCAGGUGUCCACCCUGCAGGCCCAGCAGCUGAAGACUGUUCAGAUUGCAAAGAAAACGCAGGUGUCGUCAGCUGGGCCAAUCAAGUUCAUCAUCACUAAAGCUGUCAACAACAAAGGUCUGACCGCCCAGACAUCAGUAUCCAAUGUCAUUACAGGUCGAGUCCUGUCCACGAGCAGCCCAGUGACUCCCCCGCGGACCAUCACCCUCUCUGAGACCCUCAGCACCAGCAGCAAGAUUGCCAUUUCCCCGCUCAAGUCACCUAGCAAGUUGACAGUGGUGUCGGUGGCCUCCCAGGUCCCCAACUCCCCUCAGAAGUCAGUGUCUCUGCCGCUCAACAUGGCCCACCUUGGACAUCAGAUACUAGUACAACAGUCUACAGCCACCUCCCCAGCCAAGCCAAUGAAGCCGGUGCAGACUGUGACGGUGGGCGGCCCCCAGUUUAAGACCAUCUUCCCCCACUCCACCUCGUCCAACGUGCAGCAGAUCCAGGUGCCAGGCAGCCGCUUCCACUACGUCAGGCUGGUCACUGCCACCACGGGCAGCAGCACGGGACAGGCUGGCAGCCACAGCACCAUCUCAUCCAUGACAGCCAAGCCCAUGGUGGUCAACACAGCCCAAGUCAGGAUGUCUGUCCCCUUCAUCCCAGCACAGACCAUGAAGCAGGUGGUGCCCAAGCCCCUGACAUCGUCGGGCCAGGUGCUGACAACCCAGACACAGCAGAGGUUGAUCAUGCCCGCCACGCCCCUGCCCCAGAUCCAGCCGAACCUCACCAACCUACCUCCGGGCACCGUGCUAGCGCCUGGGUCUGGGAACAUGGGCUACGCUGUGCUGCCCGCACAUUAUGUCACACAGCUCCAACAGUCUGCGUAUGUGACUUUGGCCAGCAGCUCUGGGUUCUCCACCCCUACAGGCAUCCAGACUCAGGCCAGACUGCCUCUCAACGGCUUAUCAACAUCAGACGCUGCCUCCAGACCACGGAAGUCCUGCAACUGCAACAAGUCUCAGUGUCUCAAACUGUACUGUGACUGCUUUGCCAACGGGGAGUUCUGUCAGAGCUGUAAUUGUACCAACUGCUUCAACAACCUGGAACACGAGACCGAGCGAGCUAAAGCCAUCAAGGCGUGUCUGGACCGUAACCCGGAGGCGUUCAAGCCGAAGAUCGGUAAAGGUAAAGAGGGCGAGUCGGAUCGCAGACACAGCAAAGGCUGCAACUGUAAACGCUCAGGCUGCCUGAAGAACUACUGCGAGUGUUACGAGGCCAAGAUCAUGUGCUCGUCUAACUGUAAGUGUGUUGGCUGUAAGAACUUUGAGGAGAGCCCUGAGAGGAAGACUCUGAUGCACCUGGCUGAUGCAGCUGAGGUCAGAGUUCAACAACAGACGGCAGCCAAGACCAAGCUGUCGUCACAGAUCUCAGACCUGCUCACAAGGACCACCCCCGCCAUCACCAGCGGAGGGGGGAGGAUGCCCUUUACGUUUGUGACGAAGAAGGUGGCAGAGGCGACGUGUGAAUGUCUGCUGGAGCAGGCUGAGCAGGCAGAGCUGAUCCAGCAGCCCCAGGCCACCGCAGAGAGGAUGAUCCUGGAAGAGUUUGGACGCUGCCUCAUGAGGAUCAUUAGCUCAGCGGGCAAGACGGACUGUCCCUCCAUCAACUGCUAGGGCAGGUCCAUGGGCUCGCUGUCUGCAUGUCUCUCACCCAGCCCAGUGAAAACUAGUGCUGGGAGACUAGAAGGAAAUGGUGGCCUCCUCUCUCCCCCAGCUUCAGAGCUAAACAUUGGGAGUGGUAGUGGUCCUUGGUUUCUCUGCCUCCCGGGCUAGCUAACCGCCCAGUCUCAGAGAUGAACAGUGGGUCUGUGUGAUGAGGGGAGUCGGCCCUGGGCGCCGUCUCUCUCGCCCACCCUCUGGGCAAAGCAUUGGGAGAGGAGUGGACUGUCUGUCUGCUCCACUAACUGCUAGCCAUGCCCAUGUGCGCUCUCGCUCCCAUCCCGAUAGCGCUAGCAUUGGAUAGGGUGGAGAGUGGUGCACAGUCCCGUCAAUUGUUAGCUAGCUAGACCCAGCCAGCAAGCACCAGGAGGCAAGGACAUCCCUGUGCACUGCUCACCGCUUACCCACCCUCAUAGAUCUAGUGUUGGGAGGACAUUAAUUGCUCUGGAGCUGGUGCUUCUUCUUCUUUACAGUUAGUGGGAAUAGCCUUGGCAUAGCCUUGGCUGAAGGAAGGGGCUCUCCCCAUGCCCCCCUGUACCCUGAAAAAAUAAGGAUUGUGGGAGAGACUCACCAGAGAAAGAGGUGCAAGGGGGAGCAAACUAAAGUUUGUUUGUGUUUUGGGAAGGGGGGGUUGUUUUAGACUUGCCAUGUACACUUUUUGAUACUAGGAAUUUUUACAGUUUUUUCCCCCUUCUAUUUUCUUAUCACCUCAUUUCUUUUUCUCCAUCUUAUUAUGGCUCGUUUGCAUAUGUCCCUCUCUUUCGCCCUCUCCCUCUGUUUUAAUCAUUUCUGAUGAUUCUGGAUGCAGACAGGGAAAGAAGUCACAUUCUGGCUGUGUAUUCUUUAGGUAGUAACCCAGGUUCUAAUCAUGAUGCCGAUCUCCCUACAGUAGCUAGCUUAUACUGUAACCCACAAUAUGCUCACGUUACCCACUAUUUAUUUUCCUCAACCUCCGUUUCAACUUGUGCUCAGAGCUUAGCAAAAUAUCUAGGAACAACUAACAAAUUCCCACUUUAAUUUAAUCACGGAUUAGGAUUCCAUUUGCCAUUUUAAACGACUAAAUAGUAUCUAUUUGGAUUGACUUUCACCAAUCUUUUGGUAUGGUGGGUUUUGUUCAAUGGGGGUGUUUUGGGGUAGCGUAGUCCUGUUUCUGACACAUUCAGAAAGGGUAAGGUUUCACGAUAUCAAAUCCAAGUUAUUCGCUCUACUAAAGUACUUAUGGCUUAUAGUACUCUAAAUUAAUUGGCAAGGUAUGAAAGUUGUCUACUUUUAUUAGGGAAAGAUGAAUAUUGGAAUCUAGGUGCCCCUAUUUUUUUAUUUAUUUGUGAAUAUCAAGUUGCCUCUUUCCAGAAGCAUGGAGGACAGCGACAGCGCACACACACACACACACGUUGGAUCACCGUCAAGAACCAGGGGCAGAUUGUUCGAUUGGAUAAUGAGUCUAGUCAUAGUGUCACUGUAUGUCCGAAGCACUGCAAUUAUUUUAGCAUUGCAGAGUGCCUUUACGCUACAGUGAGCUGAUGCUUGGGCUUGGUAGCUUUGUGUUUUACUAAGUCAUCAUGGAUUACCAGGCAACACAUGAUUUUGCCUCUGUGUGUCGCACUGUAAUGCUACCCAUCAAGUGUGUGUGUUCAACGGCAUCUGGGUAGUGUUUGAAUAAAGAAAGUGAUGUUUUUAAGACCCUUUGGGUCAGUUAUUUCCCCCUCACAAAGCCAAUCCCUUUCUAUAUUUUUGUAUGUGUGUUGAGUGUAUUUGUGUGUGUGUGUGUGUUUUUUAAAACACUGAUAUUAGUUGUUGUAGCCUUAUUUCCCCCAGGAUACCUUUGCCUUACGUUCCCCACUCUGCUCAGGGCAUUGAAGGACUUUUACUACGUUGUCUGUCUAUUGUUCUUUUCCGCAAUGUUAUUGAAGACACACACUCACAUUAAAAAAAACUUCCAAGCAGGCGUUUGUUUACAAAUGACCCUUGUCCAAAAGGA